AUGGACAGCAGUCUCUUGGAUGGAUGGCUCGCUCUUGCUGCAGAGACACGACGAGUCGAUCGAAUUUCAUCUACUCUGGGCCUAGAUUUCCCGUCUACUUCGACGUCUCCGUCCAGUUUGGGUUCGUCCUCUGGGUCUUCAGGUCUAAAUACUCCAUCCCAAAAUGCAUUCCGAUUUCUCUCGCUCCUCAAGGACAUGUCCCCAGAGUUGCUCGAGUCGCAGUCCCCUUCUUUGAGCCAGUCCCCUUCGCCACCCUUAUCAAGGCAGCGUUCGGGCUCGUACCACCGACAUACAGGACUUUCAAUUCCGAAAUCAACUCGUACUGUCGGUCGACCUCCGAUAUCGCUGGACACAACCAGCCCUCCGUCGUUUCCCGAAUGGCGAACACAGAGGCAGUUCUCGAAGCAUCCAUAUGCGUACAGCCCGUCACCCGAGGUCCAGCGGUCAUCUAUGCAUAGUGGACGCCAUCUCUCAUAUCCAAUCUGGCCUGCGCACCAGCCAAUCUCCGCCGCGGAUCGCUCACAGCCAUUUCAUGCCCCGUUGAUAACAUAUUCAGCGGGUUCUCCCACCAACACGACUGGUCUCCGCUCGAGCCGGACUGUAUCAUCUCGUAAUCCUGGUGGACUCCAUGCCAGUGAGAACGAGUUUGGUUAUGUUAUCACGGAUUCGAUAUCUCCAAUGUUGUCCGAGCCAUUUCAUCGCCUGAUUGUCAAUGAUGAGGAGGACGAGGUUCGCGAAGCAAGACCGCUUGGCUCGACUGCACCCGAACGUCAUGCGCAGAUAACCAACGACGCCGAGAUGAAAACGGUAGCGGAAGAAGACGAAAAUGCUGGCGACUGGUGGUGA